GAUUUCUUUCCAACCAAGAGACUGCUUGUUGGCAGUAUUGUGGAGUUUAUAGUGGUGCUAUACACUCAUUGUGCCAAAAAAACCAACUGUUCUUUUCUGUGCUUUUUGGGGCAUUGUUUUUAGAAGGAGACAGAGAUACUCACUCCCAGAUGAGGUGGACAAUCUUAGAAUGGCCUAAAUGUGUGACUGACCACAAAUACUGUCUAGUGGCAAAAUAUCUCCACGUUUUUACUACAUUGAUGAAAUAAAACAUACAAGUAAAUGCACAGAUAUCAGUGGGAGCAUUACUAUAGUUAACUGCCUGACUGUUUUAUGGACUAAUGUAGUGACUUUGCAUGCAUAGUAGCAUGUGUGGGUAGUGAAAACUUCUUAUGGAUAUAAGAGAAGAGGACUUAGUGACUGCAUGAUGAAAAAACACGCUCUAGACAGCCUCUGUAAUUGCUAGCUAGCUGAAAUGUUCAGAGAAACGUCAGAUGUCUAUAUAAUAACAUUAGAAACCUCACCGAGAGAUAGCAUCCUGGUCAUAUAUGGACUCCCAGUAUCAAUAAGUGAAAACCCUUGACCUUUACUCUGGCAGAGCCAGUUAUCAGGUUUGACAUCAUCGAUGAAGCAGUAUAUGAGCCAAGGAAUCAUUGAUUUGUAUUAUUAUGUUGACAAACUUACUGGUGCAUCAUGCUCUACCUACCUUGCCAAUCAUACCUUCCACAUAUACUACAUGGACAAGACUGUUAACAUCCCUACAGCGAUUUGAUUGUACUGUAUUGCAAAUGGGAGGAAAAUAUCAUAAUUGGUUCCCUGGGGCUAUGAUCUAUGAUCUGAUUGGUUGAUUGACUGACUCAGGCUAAAGCUGUGGACCACAGGGAGUACAGGAGAGAAGACGACCCUUGAAUACAUGACAGUCUGAUCAGUGAGUUCAGCGAGGUCGGUCGUUUGUCAUUUCUAGAAAUGGAUAGUGCACGUAAUCCUCCCCUGAGAGAGUUGGGUUACUAAUUGACUCCAGGAAGGAUUCAUCUCGCCUGGACGUUCAUUAGUAGUGUUAAUAAUACACAGGCACAGUGAGCUUCAUGUAGAGCGAGGCGAGGGGACAGGGCCGAGGGGGUAAACCAGACGGACAUGGGGAGCUGUUGUCCCGCUUCCUCUUUCAAGAACUGAAAGAACAGUGCCGGACAGGACAGGUUGUCCGAAAACGGACUCCUACAAAUGAUAGGCAGCUCUUUUUGUCAGCUGAGAUGUGAGUGGAUAGACUAGAGGCAGAGGAAAUAGAGACACCGUGUGAUAGAGAGCUAGAGAGUCCCAGCUAAAUUUGUAUUGCACUGAUUUACUCUCACAAAGCCACAUUGUGUCCGUAAACUUUUACCAUUCACUCUUUCUCUCACAUACCCCUCCGGGUUCGACAGAGGAGCCUAGAAAUCAUUCAAGGGCUUUCCUCUGGCUGUUAUCAAGAGCAGCAGAACACAUUGCUAGUCCAACUAAGCCCCACAUAGCAAUGCCCUUCAUCAUGGUCGUGCUGUCAUUGCUGCCAUGGGUAGUAAAUGUUGGGACAGAAACAUCUCAUUUCAUUAGGCAACAUUGAACAUUCACACCUCCCAGCCUGGGGACCAAGUAGAUAGAACACCAUCUGUGCUACAUUGCCGUUGAGAAUCACAAUAUCAAAGACAUUUGGGUCGAUGUGUGACAUGACCUGGCAUGACAUGAGCCGGUCCAAAGAUAAUUAUUGCGGACUUAGCCAACUGUAUUGUAUAUGUAACUUGCUUCCUUGUAAAAAAUAUAUAAUAAAAAACUGCCAAAGUUAUCCAAAGGAUUUAUGGGGAUACUUUAUGGUAAUACUGCUGCAGUUUACCUAGUAGUCCCUCAGUCAAUGACUUAUCUUCUGAACUAAUUACUAACCUGUAGAGAUUUACUUAGCCUACAUAUGGUAAACUUUGACGAAAGCUUUGACCAACAAACAAACAUCCCCAGUGGGCUGGUUGAACCGACAUCCAGUUUUGCCUGCUGCUGGGUCAUUAACCUUGAAACUGAGCCUUUAUAGUUAAUAUGAGCUUUUUCUCAAUUGACAAGUCCCUAAAACAUAUUUUUGGCUCUCUGAGGCUAUUCAAUGAAACAGGAUGCUCUUACUUUCCACCACAUUCUAACAUGACAUCCCCUAUUCCCAUAGAAUACCUAAGAGCAGUUCUACCCCAGCAGCCCCCAAUGAAAAGCCCAUCUUACAAAAGCUGGUCAUAUUUUAAUUGUCAUUGUAAAAAUUCCUUGUUCUAAACCGUAAUCACACAUAUCUUCAACAAAGCUACUGAUGUCAUUCCCAACUAGAAAGACAUAGGAAAUGGUAUUAAGGAAGGAGGAUAUACUGCAGCAGAUAAGUUGAUUGUAUUCCAAACACAAUGAAGUGACAUGAAGAACGAAAGGUAUCUCCAAAGAAGUUACGAGCAAGAAUAUUUUGAGGUAUGAAACCCCAAAAAACUAUAGGGGUGCUUUGUGUACAUUAAAUGUUGAUAUUCACUUGUCAUGUACUGUAUGAAAAAACACCAUACAUAAGUCUAAGGCCUUAUCUGAGGCAUAGUACAUUCCAUUUCAGUGCUACUGUAGAUAUUACCUCUAGGUAAAGUAGUGCUAUGUUUCAAGUGAAUGGUCCUGGUUUUCCUUUUGGAUCCAAGACCUUCAGUGUUUUACCUACAUUAAACUGUGUAUACUUACGCUAUAUUACUUGAUCUCUAACUUUUGCUCUACUGUACUUGUAUUUCUGAGGGAUAUUCCUGUUUGCCUUGGACUUUACCUGUUAAUUUUACUGUAAAAAGAUUCAAAGUAAUGUUUGCAUGUGUAGCCUAACUAUAUACUGGGUUUAAACAUGUCAAGAUCUUGUGUGUGUGGUCCAGAACAGGGCCAUGCUUUAAAUACAUUGAAGAAAACGCAGCAAGAAUUUGUGCUUGUCAUGGAAUAAUGAUUUGGUUACCUUAGAAAUGUUUACUCAAUGAGAGAAUUGUAUACAUUGUAUUAGAUCUAAUGAAAUUAUAAACGUGUAGCAUCUCAUCUCCCGCUUGAUUCUUUUCCCGUCUAAACGGCUGCAUGGCAUGUAGUUAAAUUGUUAAUGUAUGUUAGAUCAUGUACCAAAAUAUUCCACCACACAGUAGAUACUGAGUUCAGGGAAAGUGCAUACAGUGCUGAGUGUAGGCCAUACUGAUUGCACAAGAACUAAGGGUGCACUUCUAAAUGGGUUGUUUCAGUCAUUAUGUCUGGACCAUCAAAGGCAAAGAAAAACAUAAUCUCAUUACCACCACACGAUCAUAGCUACAUUUCAACAGGUCAAUCAACCGGGUCAGAAAGGCUGAAGUUUCUGUCAAAUGAAAAUCUGAAAAAUCUCAAGAAUGUAUUUUUCCGGAUGUAACUUUUGAAGACUUGUUAACAGAAAUAUAUUUCUAACUCCACUUAAAUAUACACGUCGUUAACAGUAAUACUCAAGGCAUGUCCAACGAAUACCUCAGGGAUGAUACAUCAUAAUAAUGUGACUGCCACCGCUUCUAAAAAUACCAGCACGGUCCACCACCAGAGUAAACUUUCAAGGUUGCUUAGUUCCACUGCCUGAGUCUAUUUUGGUGAGCUCUACAGGCUUAAGAAGAACUGUGCCUGAAUCAGAAUGGGAAUACAGCGGGACUUUCAGAAAAAAUUCCUGUGCCUAAUCCAAAAUGGGAAGUCCAUAGGGAUUUACGUGGAAUCCUCUGCUUGAUUUAAAAUGGGAUUGGCCUUUUCCAGCCUGCAGGCAUCCAGAAUCCCACAGCUGUGCCUAGGAGGCCUGGGGGUGUGUCAGUUAAGCCCUUACAUCUGGCAUCUAGUCUAGGGGUCAUCCAUCUCUGCACACCUCUGUCCAGGACAUGAACAAUAGGCAAUAUGAAAUACUUACGAAAUACAAUGGACUACUGCAUAACAGGUGCCACACAUCAAGUAAGUGAUGCAGUGAUGGAGGUCAACGUACGCAAGCUGGCCUAUCCAUAGAUAUCGAACAGUACUAUCUCAAUGGGCCUAUCUAAUGAACUGUUGCAGGUUUUUAUGUACUCAAGGUAUUUGAACUGUAUUCAAGGUUGUGUUGGAGGACAAAACAAAUAGAGGGUCACACCAUGAUCAAUAGCCUGACAAAUGAAACAACAAAUGGAUUAUAGCAGAGCCAUUAAAAAAAAAAAGACACAAUUUCAAUCCAGGUCAGAAUAGUUAUUAUAAUGACUGCAACAAGCAAAGAAAGCAUUACUGUUGACAUGUACAGCUUGCAAAGAAUGUGAGCAAGAAUGCAAAGUAUUUGAGUUCUAACAACAUAGGAGCUACGAAUGGACCAGCCUUGGCUUUUCUCAAAACCCUUUUUGUCAGUGAAGCAUAAUGAAUGCAGCUAAGUUUCAUGCUUGGGUGACAUAAGAAAUAUGUUUUUGCAUUUUUAUCAUGAAGAAUUUGAAGCUAAGGAUAACACUCCUCUUGGCAAGCCAUGGAAUAUGAAAAUGUAUGGUCAGAAUGAAUUAGCAAGAGUCAUUCUUCUGCCAUAAGCAGUGGCAGCUCAACCUUGGAUCAGUGCACCAAUGACAAGACCUGUCAUCAUGUAACUGCAGCAGCAUAGUUCAAUUAGUGCAGCUUAUAUUGGGUUAUGUAUAAAUUAUAAAUGGUUAAUGAAUUCUUGCAAUGUCCUCCUUAUUGUAUGUUCAUGUUCAUUACAGAUUCAUUCACAGUUCACUAUAGUGAACCAGUGUAUUCAGAUUAUUUGAUUCCAAAUCAGUAAUUGGUUAAUUAUGAAUUUGAUAGUCUCAAAUUCAGUAUUAUAUUGCAACAUCAUCACACGUGUAUUCAUUAUGUAGCAAUUCCUUUAGUAAUAUAUUGAUUGAAAAAUGUUAACAAUGAAAUUAAGUGAUUCAAUUUAGAGUAGGCUAGCCUUGGGGUGUAAUGCAAACAUGAUGCCCUUAACAGAGGAGAAAGGAAUAGUUCUGGAAAAUUCUACUGAAAUGUGUGUGGACCCCAUAUCAUUUUUUUUUUUUUUCAUUCUGAGGACUGUUUCUGCUAGCAAGCUAGCUAAACCUGAUUCUAGCCUUACACACACUGGUGGGGGACAAAGGAUUUUGGGGUGAGUUUGCUUUCCAUUACUUUCACUUGCUUGCUAUGUUAACUAACCAAAAUAUGAAAAGCAAUAGUAUUCAUUAAUUGAUUUAUGUUGAAUAGUCUUUCAAUUGUAUGCCAGGAAUUUAUGUAAAAUGCCACUUUUGUUUGAAUAACAGAUUUACAGAUACAUGCAAGGUGAUGAUGUGACCAUUGUGACAGCUCUAGCUAGCAAAUAGCUUAUUCAUAUACAGCGUAGGAGGUAGUGGCUAUCAAGCUAGCAGGGUGCUUGCUAAAUUCUCUGAUCCAAGGUUUUUCAUGGCAAAAUCCACAUCCAAAACGGUAGUUUAUCUGGUUCGGGUAUAGUCACUGUCAAUCUGCUGUUUUAACGGUUCAAAUCAAAAUUGAAAUGUUUCAGUGACAGCUAGAUAGCUAACGUCAGUUUGCUUUAAUCUGAAUGCUUAGUAGCUAUCUAAUGCUAGCUAGCUGACAACGUAGGCGGAGUAUCAAAUAUAGUGUUCUGUAUCUUAGCUUUUGUUAAAUAAUUUAAACUGCAGAUUAUUCGCCUUCUCCACAAGUUACCAAGCUAACUGAUUAUGUUAUCUACGUUUGCAUGCUCAUCAUCUGCUGAUCAGAUGGUCCAAGUUAGCCAGCUAGCUAGCUAUAGCUAGUAGCUACAUAGCAAGUAGUUAGCUCGACGUUACUAGCCUCGCUAGCUAGCACAGCUGGGUGUCAGCCAACUGCGCAAGAUGACAGCGCUUUAUUUUUCAGCAAAUGCAUUUCCAUUUAUCUGCUUUAUUUACCUAUGUGCAAUUAUAAGCAAAUGCCAUUUCAAAUAAUGUAAGCGAUGUUUUUGCACGCGAACAGCUUGCUAGUCGUCACAUCAAACCACUGUCAUGUUCAUGCCUGUCCACUGACACUGUUGUGAUGUUGCACAUACGUCGCCUGACAUCAUUUUGGCACCAACAUCUCUUUUGUCCUCCCUCUCAAACUACUUACUUUCUUUGCUAUUCAAUGUAGAAGGACUGUAAUAACAAAUGAAGUUAAUGAAACACCUAAAUGCUUUUCCCCAUUAUAAUGUGUUUAUUACAGACCCAAUGACUGGAAUAAACUGAUAGAAUUCUUCCUCUCUACCAAGAUGUCAAGUAAGAAAUUGUUUGCAAUUAUAAGUUUAGCCAUCAGAUAAUGAAAAUAUGAGUACUUCUGUUAGGUCUCUGACAAAGCUGGGCAACUAUGGCAACAAAAAUGUGAAUAUACAAAUGUAUAUGUUAUCACAAUAAAACAAAUUGAGUUUCAGCAUGAAAUAUUAACUUCUGGUAGCCUAUAUGAUUUCCUAGUGGUCCUCUGUAGCUCAGCUGGUAGAGCACGGCGCUUGUAACGCCAAGGUAGUGGGUUCGAUCCCCGGGACCACCCAUACACAAAAAUGUAUGCACGCAUGACUGUAAGUCGCUUUGGAUAAAAGCGUCUGCUAAAUGGCAUAUUAUUAUAUAUUAUAGUAUUAUAAUUGAUAGGUUAAUAAUUCGCCAUCAUGUAUUUGCUGAGAGAGAAAUAGAAAAUCACAAAAUUCAUAUCUACCUUGAUGGGAUUGAUUUAAUCAACAUUGAGAGAUGUAAAAGGGGGCUUUUUGCCUCGAUUUUAACAUCUCACCUUUUCUUUCAUAACAGAAAGAGAAAGAGAAAGGCCAUAUGCCCCUCCCCCUCCCCCAGCCCCUACAACAGUAAGUAUUUCUGAUGGCACAUGGGAAGCCAUUUGGAAAGGGAUGUCCCAUAAUAACAUUCAUGCCGGCUAUUAUCUUUCAAUGUUAACUUGCUACUGUCCAUUUUGAGAGGCACACAUUUUUUUGGUCUAACUUGUUUUUAAAAGUGGAAUCCAUUUGGCCAUGCAAUACAGUAUACCCUGCAGAUAGUCCUGUUACCACAGUAGAGUUGGUCAAUGCAAUAGGCUUUGCAGUCUCAGAUAAUAAGCUCCACUCCCUAAGAUGUGAGGUACCAUUUAUAACAUACUGUAGACUAUACAUUAUUUUCAUUACAAACAACACUAAUGUAUAGAUAACACUGCUGUCUAGAUUACCCUUCAUGUUGCUUUAGCAUGAGUGCAAGUCUUUUUCAGUUGCUUUUUUCAGCUUUCCAACAUUCAUGUUUUCACAAGUUUUUCAUUGAUUUUGUCUUGUUUUACCCCAUUAUUUGAUGUCAUUUCUCAUCUGUGUUUCUAUCUCAUUUGUCUCCAUCAGCAAUUGCCCAACACCCCCGGGUUUGUGGGGUACAACCCAUACAGCCAUCUGGCUUACAACAACUACAGGCUGGGAGGGACAACAAGCAGCAACAGUCGGGCAACGGUAGGAAUAUAAUGACGUAGCGAAAACACAGGGAUAAAAUCCGAGAGACACAGACAACUGAAGGAAACGAACGUCAAUAUUUAAAAUAACUGUCUAGUUUGAUUGAAACGGCCUAAUGUAGCUUGCUUAGUGAAACUCAGUAAUAACGUAUAUGCAGAUGUGAGCUAUAACAGCUCUUGACAACUUUGCUCUUUUGCUUUGUUCAGAAAUAGUACUUUUUCCUGUGCUUAUAAGAGCAGACAUUCUUGCACAGACAGACAGUAUGAUUCGUCUAACCCAUUCCAUUACCAAGGCUUUCUGAGAUGUAUGCCAUCCCAACAUUCCUCUGCUGCCUCCAUCAUACUGUGCAGACCGGCCAAGCGUCCAUCUGUGUGUAUUCAAAAUCGCUCGAUCCUGCCCUUCAAAGUCUGCAUUGCUGACAGCCAUGCAAAGUAACCCAUGCCAUCAGCGUUGCCAUGGCAUUAUAGACCCCAUGCUUGGCAUGGGUUUCGGCUGCUACGGGAAUAAUUCAGUCGCUGCAUGCAAGAUGUGGUUGGCACUCAGAUUCUGAUAAUGGCAUUAUGUCGCGCAGUGUGCAAAUCUCAGCUUUAGGGAGAUUUUGUAUUUUCUUCAAUCAGCGUUACUCAAUCAUAGUCUCUGUGUGACUUCUGUACACUGGUUGGGCUCAAACAGGCUUUAAUUUAAAAAAGGCGAUUUAACUUAUGGUGUUGUAGUUUGAUGCAUCUUUGUUGGAAUUUUUACAUAUACUUUGUUGAAGGUUGGAUGAUCAACUAUGUGGAUGCGUAUUUUUCUGCAGGGUGUUUCUCAGUCGAGACUUUGCUUAGUGUAAAGUUGUAUGACUAGUCAUUUUUAGCACCAGUUGGUGUCCUAACUUUGACUUCUCUAAUAAGUGCCUUUUUAUUUCCCAGAAUUCUUCAGGAAUAAACAUUCCAAAGCCACCCAAGCCACCAGACAAGCCGUUGAUGCCUUACAUGCGAUAUAGUCGCAAGGUAAGUUGUCUACACGCAACAUUAGUUAAACACAAACUGCUCCACCGUGCGCACCAUUGCAAGACAUAUUCAAAUGCUGUACUAUACCCUUACAACACGCAGCACUUUAGCCAGGGUUAGGGACGAGCACUUUUAAGUUAAACUACACAUCGUCUGCCCCAUGAGUCCACGGAGGUAGGUGUGAACUGUGAAACUUGACAUACAGCAGCCUAGUCAUUAGGAGUACUACAGACAGACUGGGAUAUCUCCCUGGAGAUGGACUUUAAACACAGCCUACAUAGGUUUGUGACCUAUCUGCUUAGAGAUAAUGAGCCCCUGUCUGGUUCUCAUCACCAGGUUUGGGAUCAAGUAAAAGCCUCCAAUCCCGAUCUGAAGCUAUGGGAAAUUGGGAAGAUAAUCGGUGGCAUGUGGAGGGACCUCACUGAUGAGGAGAAACAGGAUUACUUGAAUGAUUACGAAGCAGAGAAGGUUUGUUUUACCGGGGUGUUUAUUUACGGGGUUGUUAUGGGUGACCAGUAACAAGUGUCUCCAACAGUUGUCAGAAGGGUCCCUCCAGUCAUCAUUCCUUCCUUUGUAAAAAUACUGAGUAACUUUUCUUCAAUGUUGAAUAGUUUGUUUUGCAUUGAAGGGGCACGUGUCUCUCCCUUUGUUACAUCUGUGUCUCUCCUCUACAGAUUGAGUACAAUGAGAGCAUGAAAGCCUACCACAACUCUCCAGCCUACCUGGCUUACGUCAACGCUAAGAGCCGUGCCGAGGCUGCUCUGGAGGAGGAAAGCCGACAGCGCCAGUCUCGUCUCGACAAGGGCGAGCCGUACAUGAGUAUCCAGCCAGCAGACGACCCAGACGGUAAGACACUCUCAGCACUACUAGUAUUACCAUGUCAGUCACACUCUGGUUCCCACACCAUGUUUCAGCAACUGUGACAUCACCUUGGUGUCAAUUUCUAUCCUUCCUCUCUUUGUCACACUUGCUACUUCACCAUAUAGGCCACACUCCAUUUCAGCUCUGUAGUAUAAGUCUGGGCCCUGUAUUUGAGAUCAAUGGCUUCAAUGAGUUCCAGUAAGGAACAAGGCAACAGACAUCACAUAGAAAACUGGACUUCUGAGUUACACCCUAUACGAAAUGAUCCUUGUCUCGGAUCGAGCUGGAUAAUGGUAUACAGGAAAUGCAUAAAAAAACUUGUGGUAAUUGGAAACACCCAAGAUAUAAAAAUGUAAUAAUUAGUAUCCCUAUGGGUUACGUUCUCAACAAGCUGCAUGUACAUUGAUGACUUCAAAAAGAUUUGCCACAUGAGUUGCUUUAUAGACAUUUGAAACCCCACCUCUUUAAGGAAUACCUGGGAUAGGAUAAAGUAAUCCUUCUACUUUUGGCCUAACGUGGAAUAAAUGAAUUCUCCAUGUGUUCAAUUGUCACGAUCGUCUACGAGAGUGGAGGACCAAAGCGCAGCGUUGGUAGCGAACAUAUUGAUUUUAAUGUAAUACACGAGAAUACAAAAACAAAACACGAUCAUGAAGUCCUCAGUGACAACGACUGAACAUAGAACAAAAACCCACAACCCCAAGGUGAACAAUGACAGUUUAAAUAUGGCUCCCAAUCAGAGAUAACGAGCCGACAGCUGACACUCGUUACCACUGAUUGGGAGUCACUGGACCAAACAAUGAAACCACCAAUAACAACCCAACUAAUCCCCAAACACAAAAAAUGAACACACCCUGGCUCAAUAAUACAAAGCCCCGGAGCCAGAGCGUGACAUCAAUAAGAAGUUGACCUUAUUAAAGAGACAAUUUCUUCUCCUACAUUUAUGACAUACUUUGAUGUUAGUAUUAUAGAGGACAGCUUAAUUUUACCCUGGAUUUUAAAGGAAAGUGUCAUGUACUUAGAGCUUGGAUGUUCACUUAGUUUCGCAAUAUCUUCUACUUUUUCUAAGAAAUAGUAAGAGCACGAGCGCCAGUAAAAACCACUAAGACGUUUCUGGAGUAAAUGUGUAAGGUUUUUGAGAUUUAGGGAGAGAGAAAGAUGAAUCUUUAACUCUCUACCCACACAUGAAUGUCAUUUCACCAUUCACCACAACAAUGUUGAAACUCCCUUUGUAAAUGUGUAUAAGUAUAUUCAUACAACAAACAUGUAAACAGCCAACUAUGCAGACAUUUCCUACUGAUAUAAAUGAUUUAAACAAACGUAGGUAUAUAAAUGUUAAGAUAUGUCAGAUCAGAUUUAUUUCCUGAUGCCUACGACCUCUAUACUUGUUGGGUGAGAACUCCGCUCUGUACCCAUUGACAGUUGUAUUCAUUGAGAGUGCCCAAACUAGCCCACAUAGCACCCGCCACGUACCCUUUCAUUCUCUUUCCCAGAUUACGACGACGGAUUCUCCAUGAAGCACUCGGCCGCCGCCCGUUUCCAGCGCAACCACCGUCUGAUCAGCGAGAUCCUGAGCGAGAGCGUGGUCCCCGACGUGCGCUCCGUCGUCACUACCGCCCGCAUGCAGGUCUUAAAACGGCAGGUCCAGUCUCUGAUGGUGCACCAGGUAUGCUACGCUGGGUCUGUCAGUCUUCCUAGAUACACAUACAGUACCAGUCAAAAGUUUGGACACACCUACUCAUUCAAGGGUUUGUCUUUAUUGUUACUAUUUUUUACAUUGUAGAAUAAUAGUGAAGAUAUCAAAACUAUGAAAAAACACAUAUGGAAUCAUGUAGUAACCAAAGAAGUGUUAAACAAUAUUUUAUAUUUGAGAUUCUUCAAAUAGCCACCCUUUGCCUUGAUGACAGCUUUGCACACUCUUGGCUUUCUCUCAACCAGCUUCACCUGGAAUGCUUUUCCAACAGUCUUGAAGGAGUUCCCACAUAUGCUGAGCACUUGUUGGCUGCUUUUCCUUCACUCUGCCGUCCGACUCAUCCCAAAUCAUCUCAAUUGGGUUGAGGUCGGGGGAUUGUGGAGGCCAGGUCAUCUGAUGCAGCACUCCAUCACUCUCCUUCUUGGUAAAAUACCCAUUACACAGUCUGGAGGUGUGUUGGGUCAUUGUCCUGUUGAAAAACAAAUGAUAGUCCCACUAAGCCCAAACCAGAUGCUAUGGCGUAUCGCUGCAGAAUGCUGUGGUAGCCAUGCUGGUUAAGUGUGCCUUGAAUUCUAAAUAAAUUACAGACAGUGUCACCAGCAAAGCACACCCACACCAUAACCCCUCCUCCUCCUUGCUUUACGGUGGGAACUACACAUGCAGAUAUCAUCCGUUCACCCACACCGUGUCUCACAAAGACGGUUUGAAUCAGAAAUCUCAAAUUUGGACACCAGACCAAAGGACAAAUUUCCACCGGUCUAAUGUCCAUUGCUCGUGUUUCUUGGACCAAGCAGGUCUCUUCUUCUUAUUGGUGUCCUUUAGUAGUGGUUUCUUUGCAGCAAUUUGACCAUGAAGGCCUGAUUCACACAGUCCCCUCUGAACAGUUGAUGUUGAGAUGUGUCUGUUAUUUGAACUCUGUGAAGCAUUUAUUUGGGACUGCAUUUUCUGAGGCUGGUAACUCUAAUAAACGAAUGCUCUGCAGCAGAGGUAACUCUGGGUCUUCCUUUCCUGUGGCGGUCCUCAUGAGAGCCAGUUUCAUCAUAGUGCUUGAUGGUUUUUGCGACUGCACUUGAAGAAACUUUCAAAGUUAUUGAAAUGUUCCUUAUUGACUGACCUUCAUGUCUUAAAGUAAUGAUGGACUGUCGUUUCUGUUUGCUUAUUUGAGCUGUUCUUGCCAUAAUAUGGACUUGGUCUUUUACCAAAUAGGGCUAACUUCUGAUUGGCUCAAACACAUUAAGAAGGAAAUAAAUUCCACAAAUUAUCUUUUAAGAAGGCACACCUGUUAAUUUUAAUGCAUUCCAGGUGAUUACAUCAUGAAGCUGGUUGAGAGAAUGCCAAGAGUGUGCAAAGCUGUCAUCAAGGCAAAGGGUGGCUAUUUGAAGAAUAAAAUAUAUUUUGAUUUGUUUAACAUUUUUUGGAUUACUACAUGAUUCCAUAUGUGUUAUUUCAUAGUUUUCUUCACUAUUAUUCUACAAUGUAAAAAAUAGUAAAAAUAAAGAAAAACCCUUCAAUGAGUAGGUGUGUCCAAACUUUUGACUGGUAGUGUAGAUAUUACUAUACCUAGCCCUAUCAAGUUGGAUGUUCCCAGUCAUGGUGUUAUUGUCAUGGUAACCUGGAUAUCUGAUCCUUUCUCCUUAUUUGAUAAUUCAGUAAUGAUUAAAAACAUGUAAUCAGUCAGGUAAAUUGACAGGUCUCUCUCUGUGUGUCUGGUCCACAGAGGAAGCUAGAGGCAGAGCUACUUCAGAUUGAAGACCGCCACCAGGACAAGAAAAGGAAAUUCAUCGAUGCCACGGAGUCUUUCACCAGCGAGCUGAAAAGGGUAUGGAAUCAUCAUCUAGGAACUUGUAUGCAAUCCAUUGUGUUGCACAUAGUAAAUAUUACAGUGUUGACCUCAGGCUAUGUGCAAUGGGCCAGUUCUGUGUUGUAGAGAUCCGCAGCUGCUAACUUUAUCCAUGUGUAUUGGCUAACAUGCGGCGUCAUCACUUAGAAUUUGUAGACUGACUCGUUGCAGUUCUGAAUCCAGAUACUGCACUGUAUAGUGAAUACACUGUGUAGUCCAUACCCCAGGUGGCGCCAUUUACUUAGAGUCAAUUUACUUCCUCUGCUUCACAAUGGGCAAGUCAAUGUAGUAUUAUUGUAGAGGAAACAGGAACUGUGCCAAAUCUGAUCAAGGUGUACUCACUAAUCACAGUCCAUGUUACUAAUCACAGUUGCACAGGUGUGAGAUUGAUUGUGAGAUUAAUAGCGUUAAUCCCCAGCAUUAAUCCCCGGUGGGAGACUCAACAUGUUGCCACUCUGUGCCCAGCUGUGUUGUAUGAAAGUGGAGGUGGACAUGGAGAAGAUAUCUGCAGAGGUUGCUGCGGCAGAGGAGGCAUCCCGCAAGCGUAUGUCGGAGCGGGAGAAAGAGGCAUCCACGUCCUCUAGUCUGGAGGAGGACGAGAAACCAGUUGGUCCGUCAAACAGCAGCAAAAGCCAGCAUGAGUCUGUCAGUGACAGCAGCAACAAGGAGAGAGAGGAGAUGGAACCCAGCCUCAUGGAUACUGGUGGUGAGGCCCAACAGUAUUAAUAACUAAACUGUAUGGUUUUUUAAUGUAUGGUUCUGGUCAGGUCCCCUGAGUUAGGUUUUCUCUCUUGGGUAGAUGCUUCUCUUGGUAGAUUGACUGCUAAGCGCAUUUUACAACGUUAUUUUCACGUUUGAAAGUACAUUGGUCCAAACGUGUUUGCUGUCUGCUAAUAUUUCCUGCUUUCUUGGUUACAGAGAAGUCAAAAGCCUCGGAGGAGUCGGCGGCUCGUCCUGCCAGUGAGGUUGAGGAGGGUGCGCCGUCAGAGGACAAGGAGAGUGUUCCGGAAGGGGUGAUGGAGGAGGGCACCAGUGACAGUAACACGGGGUCGGAGACCACCUCUGCCGUGACGGAGGACGCCCCGCCCAGCGAGCCAGCAGCUUCAGAGGGGCCCAGCAGGGCACGCCCUGCCGCCCACUGAGGAGUCAACCUCUGACCUUUGGGCCGAGAAAUGUCCAUGAUGUGUCACUCCAUCUCUUCAGUCACACUCAGAUGAUAACACAUUGUACAUUAGCAUCUAUGUGAAAAAAUCUGUGUUUAAAUGGGCUUUAUUUCAAAUGUGAAGUUUUAUGCAAUUGGUUGAAUCUUUGGAGCUCUGUUGGCAGGGUCAAAAUGGAUCUGCUGUCAAUUUGCAAAGCGCUUCAAGUCUGCAAAGCAAAGUAAUUAUCCCAACGAAAGUGAAUGACAUCUAAAUUGAGUCACAAUAAGCCCACGUGAAUUCACCGUAUUUCCAUCACAGACCACGGUGGCAGUCGAAAACCAACCAUCCAUCACCUGUCAAUAUAUCAAAACAUAUCUCCUGUCUUAUUCAAUGGUACUAUAUCUGGCAGACACCAGAUCUUACCGAUUGAGGCUGGUUGUAAAAACUGUCACAAAAAAUAAGUUGUUCAAUGUUUAAUUACUUGUUCUUUAUAGUGUAAUGUUAUUGUUGCUUUCAAUUUUAUUUUUGCAUGGUGUCGCAACUACUCAAAUGGGAGAGUUUGCUUAGUAGCGGCAGGGGUGGGGUGACUCUGCCCGAUAUUUUUUUAUGUUUACUCUAAGUAUCAGUAUUAAGUGACAGUAUUGUCUCAGGAGUUAGUCGAAAUAAGUCGUUGUUUUCAUUAUUUAUUAUUAUUCUUGUGUAUUGUGAGUCCUGGGCCCAGUCCAUCCGUCCACCAACCUGUUGUAUGCUAGGAGUUCAUCCAUGCUGUACAAUGCUCUACCAGUCAGUGUUCUAAAGUCUGCUAGCUCUCAAUCAAAUCAAAAGCUGUAUGCUUAGAACAACCUUUCAGUGUUAUGUGAUUAUGAUCAGUAGUACAGUGUUCAACCCAGAACAAACUCUUAAAUGUUAAUAUGCAAUGUAAUAAGCAGUGUUACAAGGUUUGCUUGAACGUGAGUGGUUUUUCAUCUCAUCCUAAAGCAACUUGAGCAGAGUGAGUCAUCAACAUACCGUCUUAAAAUCGAUUUUGUUUGACAUAUUUAUACCAAUAAACUUUUCUACCCUGACA